CCCACAAUAAGUUAAUACGAUGCCAACUCUCCUUUCACCAGCGCACAUGUGGCCCGGCGGUAUUCCGUCAGCUGUCCGCCUACACCCAAAUAACGAGCUGGAGGAGGCUGAUGUUACAGAAGAGAUCAAAGGCCGGUGCCUGUUUUUAAAAGGUACUGUACAUUUGACCCUCUACAGGCUCUAGAGGGCAAAGACACGCCCGGAAGUCGAGUCUGAUCCUAUCUCACGCGACAGAAAGCCUGGGCGCCUUCAUCCGACCCAGAGGCGAAUAGGAAUCAACGGCGGACUCUGGUGGAGAAAUGGGCGGGUGCGGAU